CUGUUUGUGCUGCUCACUCUUUCCCUCUAAGCCCUUCGACUUUAUCUGUCUCCCCUUCUCCUUGGAGCCUACAGACCUCAUAGGACCCGGUGCUACAUUAUGUUUCCACGUGCAUUGCCAUUGCUCCUGCUAUGUAUCUCUGCAGGUUUGGCUGCCACACUUAUCCAGGCCUCUGUUGAUGGGGAGGCAGUGGAUUCGCCUGCUGACGGAUCCGUUUUACCUGAAGCUCAGGCUGGUGAUACCCAAGAUGUUCCGCUUAAUGAGGAGUACCAGGCAGAACAUAUCUUGAUGGCAGAUGCCCCUGUUGAGGGAAAACCUGCAGAGACCCAGAGUACCACUCAAGAAUCUGAGGAUGAGUCGGACUGGGGCUUCGGUUCUAUCAGAGGGAGUUUCCAGGCAGUGAAUGGCUAUUUUGACUCUAUUCUGGAGCUGAUGGGAGGCCGGGAUGGUGUAUGUCAGUACCGCUGUAGACAUGGUAAAGCUCCUCAGCCUCGUGUUGGCUAUCAGAUGCCAGAACCUGAUGGUUGUAGCACCUCACUUCUUGGCUUCCAGGUACCGAAUAGUUUUGAUAUGGGUGUUCCAGCCAUGACCAAAUGUUGUAAUCAGCUAGACAUUUGCUAUGACACCUGUGGCUCUAACAAGUACCGCUGUGACACCAAAUUCCGCUGGUGCCUCCAUAGCAUCUGUGGUGACCUGAAGAAGAGCCUGGGACUCAUGUCAAAGGUUGAAGCAUGUGAGACCUUUGCGGACACUAUGUAUAACACCGUGUGGACUUUGGGCUGCAGGCCCUUCAUGAACGGCCAGAGGGCAUCCUGCUAUUGUGAAGGAGAAGAGAAGGAUGAGCUGUGAAGACCUACAAACCACAAAAACACACCACAAUCAACACACAUAAACACAUUAAAGGUUAAAACUACUACACAAUGGGUCAGUAUUACGAUGAAUAUCAUUAAAACACAUCAAGGUCACAUUUCACCACAAAAAUUCAAAGAAACAAUUAGGCACAUUUUGAUCCAAAAUUCGAAUUACGACAAUGUAUCACAGUGGUGACAGUUAAUGGAUUCUGAUUAGUCUAAUUAGUCAUUAGUGUAGUAUCAUAAUUUUGUGUCGUAUAAAUAAUUAUGUAUCUUUUUUCUUUGCAUUGCAGUAAGAGAUUUUUUUUUUUUUUUUUUUACUUUUUGGUCCUAAAAAUAGGCACAUUUUAUAUUUUUGGGGUGAAAUAUGACCAUCACAUGUUCUUGACGUGUUCAUGAGAUUCACCCAGUAACCCUGGUGCUAGUGGAUCCAGUUUAGUUAAAUAAAUACAGAAGAGUUUAUAUUGCAUGUGUAAAAGUGGCAGUUCCACAAAUUUGUAGUGUGCGCGCUUGUGUAUGGGUUUGUUAUAUAGGAAGACAAUAUCCAUAAAAAUAAAUAUUGUCUCAAUUUCAUGUACAAUUAAAAAAAAAAAAAAAAAAAAAUCAAAAUUGCAACACAAACUUCCCACAAUAGCUGACACUAUGUUAACUAAUAUUUAAUUUAUUAUUAAGAAACAUUGUUCCAAACUAAGUUGUUAUUUUGUUUUGGCAUAAUCAAAAUAUGAUUUUGUUGAACCUCAGUAGAGUAGUGAUAUUUAUUUAAACAAAGUUUAAUUGUCUGAAUAUCAUAUGCUGAAAACUAAAUGUUAAUUUUUUUUAAAAUUUUGUUUUAUUUGUCUUUUUAUUUUAAAUGUAAUUAAACAUAGAAUCAGUGUUGAACAGUAACACGCAGGAAUGUAUAUUGCCAUUUGAGAGACAAUGUGACUACAAACUGUGAAAAAUAACUUUAUUGGCUGUAAAAUCACUUUAUUUUCCCCAUCAGUAAAACAGUGUUGAAUGUAAAUGCAAAUUAUCCAUUCAGGAUUGUAAAAUGCUACUCAGUUUCAUGUUCUAAGCUUUAUUAAAAAAUGCUACUCAG